AUGGGUCCAAAGAAAUAUGCCUUGUUUCAAGACAUUAAGUUACCAAAGAUUUCGAGAAAUGUCACUAUUAAAUUUGAUACAAAAUUAGGUCCUGAUGGCGAGGAGAUAUAUGAUACAACUGGGCCAUCAAAAUUUGUCCUAAAGAACCUCAAGUACUACUCAGUCCAUCCAAAUAUGGCCAAAUACUAUGAGCCUUUGAAGCCCAGUAAACUGCAGAGAUCCCUGGCUCAAAGGAAUGAAAUCAACAGCUUCAUGGUACAAGUGACAGAAUAUGACCAAAAUCUGACCUUACUGCUCAUGACCAACAACCCACCUCCCUGCUCCAUCAGCCAGCAGGAAAAGGAUGGGGCUCCGAAAUACUUUCCCCCGGAGUUUCAGUUCAAGGAAAGACUUCGCAAACCCACCAAGAACUUCUGCUUUUCCACGGUGCCUCAGAAAACCAUGUUAAGACCAGAGCUGAAACCAGUCUUCCCUAUGAAAGGCACAGGUGGUCCUACAUCCAAAAAACAGCAAUGGUUUAGGUUUUCCACCGACAAAGACUUCAAGACUGAAGGGAAGUAUUCUGAAAUCCAGGCUUUGAGGAGACAGAAAAAGCUGUAUCCUAAGCUCAUCUUUGCUCCAACCUGCCAGAGAGAGGCAAGGAAAAGUGUUUCCGAUAAGUCCCAGGAUGAGACAUCAACUUCACCAGCGCUCCGGGAGCCACUGACAUUUUCAAAGCUGCUGGAACAGAAGCCCUCCAGAGCUGUGCCAGGAGAGAGCGUCUUCCGCUACGGAAGGGCCCCACAGUGGAUCGUCAAAAACGCCACUGUCACAACGUAA